AUGGAUCUGGGCCUGGGCCUGGGCCUAGACCUGGCCAUCAGGGAGCGACUCUUCGCCGCAGAGAGCCGCCGAGAUGUUCAGGCUUUGAAGAAUGCUUAUGAGUUGAUCAAAUUAGCCAGUCAAGGAAAAUCUGCACUUGACUCAUCAGAUAACUUCAGCCCUGAUUUAUAUGUUUUAUGUGCUGAACAAGCAUUUCAGCUGGGAUGUCUGGAAAUGAGCAGUGACUGCCUACAGAUGUAUUUUAAAGGAAGAUUUCCUGUGAACCAGUUUCUUGGCAGAGCAUAUUUGUGCCAAGGCCAGUUGCACACUCCACUCUCUACAGAUAACUUGGAAGAGUUUGAGAAGUUUGUGCAGUUUUUUAUGAAGGCAAUAGAUUUUGCCACCCAUGAUCGAAGAUACUAUUUUUUGAUAUAUAAUGCCUCAGUUCUUUAUUGGCAGCUAGUGAGACCUUAUCUUAGGCCUGGAUUCCGCUGUUUUCUUAUUCCCAGCCUUUCUCAGGUUGUUAAAUCAUUAAACCAAACUGAAGAGCAAGACAAUGAAUGGAGAGCAGAACUCAUGAUAAAUUUACUUGAGUGCUUCCUCGAUGCUUCAAAACUGAAAGAAGCAAAAGAGUUUUCAUCUACUGCAGCAAUCUUUAUUAAGGAAAAUGUUCCAGAUAAAUACUCUCAAAUAUUUUCUCUAAUGAACCAAUAUGCAACCUUCCAGAGGUGUGAUAUUGAUGAAGCAAAAACAUUUAGGCAGUGGGACACAAAUGAAUUUCCAAGUGAUGCAACAGCAGAUCUGAAUUCUGUAUAUGUACUUUUGAAACAAUACGAUGUACCUCCAGCAUCUGUUCUCAGUGUGAAGAUUCCUUUGAUUCUGGAAUUGGCUCGUUUUUCUGUGAAAGUAAACUGCAUUAAGCUUGCAUAUGACUGUAUACUUGAUUUGAAGAGAGCUAGGAUUACUGAGCAAGGGAAACUUAUUGAAAUAGAAUGCCUGGAAUGCGAAUAUGAAAUAAAAAAACUUGGCACUAAAAUUGAGACUUAUACCAAAGGAGUUGUUGAGGCUCAGCUGGAGGUGAUAAAAAAUCUCGAGUUAACCUUAAAACGUGCAGUUCAGUUGGGAGAUCCUGAUGUGAUUCAGGUUGUUUGUGCAACCCAGUGGAAUCUGUGCUUACCACUACUACAACACAAUUUGCAUCAACAUCUGCGAAAGCCGUUGAUAUCAAUUGCUGAUGUCCUUGAAGAGAUUGACAGCAUGUUGAUUUUGUUGCGUUGCCAAGUUCAUAUGGAAAUAGCUCGUAUUGAAGAAGAUGGGGAUAGAAUAGAAGCUGCUGUGGAACAUUUACGAAAAGCUAUGCACCUAAACAACAGUGAGCAGUAUCAAGAACAUCUGAGACUGACAUUUAACCGUCUUCGUUUGUGCACUGUGCUGUACAAGUCACCUGAGCAUCUAGAGGAUCAGGCAGUAAUGAUGAUUGAACAGGCUAAUAGGGGAAAGGAUAAUGUGAGGGAAAAAAGAUCCCUUCUGGUCAACGCAGGUCUUGCACUAGCUCCUGAUUCGUUUCAAGUAGUCCUUGAUGGUGAAAAUGAAGCUAAAGUUUCCUCAGGUAAAAGUAGAAGUCAAAUAAGCUUCCUCUGUGCAAAAGCGCAACAUCAUAUUAAAAGCAUGGAGAAAGUUGAUGAACAUUUGAAACACUUAAGAGAUGAAAAUGACAGAGAGAGAAUUAUACUUUGGGCACAUUUGGCAAAAGUUGCACGUAAACAAGGAGUAUGGGAUGUCUGCCGUGCAGCAUGCAGAUUUUGUCUCUUGUAUGAUGAUACUUUGUUUAGGAAAGUAAUAAAACCUAAAAAAACACAGAACGAGAAAGCUAGUACAACUAUAAUGAAUGAUGAUCAAGGUGACAGCUUACUCAGAGAAUCUUUACUACCUGCUAAAUCCUUCUCUUUUGAAAAAGAUUUACUCAGAAUAUUAGCAGAAAUAAGAUUCAUUAAUGCAGAGGCAACUGUUCAUUUAUUAAGAUUGCACGGAAUUGAACUGAAUGAUCAUGCUGUACCUCCAGAAGAUACAAACCAGUAUUGUCCAGGAUAUGUUUCACAUCUUCCUGAAAGUGAUCCAGAAUGGAAGACAUACAGUUCAUGGAUAGACUACUUAUCUCAGUAUGCUAUGGAAAACUUCCAACGUGCAGCUGAAAUAGGAGAAGAAUUGAAUGAAGCCUGGAUUGUUCACAAUGCUGUGGUGUAUAUCUUAAACUACAACAGACAUCUUAUCUCUUCAGGAAGACAGAGGAAAAUUAUCGAGUAUCUGCAGACUCUUCUUGGAGCCAUCCAGACUGUUGGGCACAAUGG